AUGACGGACCAGCAUUUACCGGCCAACGUGGGCCAUGACAUUCCCAAACGUGAAACAGAACAUGCCAAUGAGCCGGAAAUCGAGCCGGAACACGAGCCGGAGGGUGAACAGGCUCCGAAAAGGAGGAUCAACGGAGGCCUAGAUGCUUGGCUAAGCGUACUGGCGGGCUUUUGUGUUUUCGUGAACUCAUGGGGCAUAUUAACCACAUACGGAGCCUUUCAAGAAUAUUACCAAACCGUCCUCCUACCAGAUGAAUCACCAUCCACCAUCUCCUGGGUGGGCAGUAUCCAAGCAACCCUGAUCCCCAUGGUAGGCCUUGCAACAGGCCCACUAGUCGACGUAGGAUACCUGCGUCCUCUAAUCGUAGCAGGAAGUUUCCUAACCGUCUUCGGACUGAUGAUGACCAGUCUCGCCAGUUCCUACUACCAAGUACUACUCGCACAAGGGUUCUGCGUCGGAAUGGGCGGCGGCAUCUCAUACAUCCCAGCUCUAGUCGUGAUAUCCACCAGUUUCACCACGAAACGCCCCAUCGCAAUCGGCUGCGCAUCAAUAGGAUCCAGCGUCGGAGCCGUGAUCUUCCCCGUCAUGUUUCGCCAACUCCAGCCGAAAGUCGGCUUCGGAUGGGCGGUUCGCGCUAUCGGCUUCAUCUCCCUCUUCCUGGCUAUUGUUGCUUGCACGAUCUUGUGUCGACAGCCUGCGCAGAAGGCGCGCGCAAGAAGUCUCAUUGAUUGGAAGGCUUUCCGGGAGCCGUCGUUCAUGAUGUUUUCGACUUCGCUUACCUGUGUCAUGCUCGCGUAUUACGUUCCGAUCUUUUAUGUCGCUUCGUAUGCGCGCACGGUGAUUCACACCACGACCAGUCUCAGCUUUUAUAUGGUUGCUAUCGUUAACGGAUCUUCUGUUAUUGGUCGUGUUGUUCCAUACCUGCUCGUGACGUAUAUCAAACCAAUUGGAAUCUUGGUUUUUGCCGUCGCGGCCUCUGCAAUCGCUAUGUUUACUUGGAUCGCUGCGACCAACAGUGCGGGAUUUAUCGUCUGGGCGUGCUAUUGGGGAGCUCUGAGUGGUGUCUUGGUCACUGCGCCUACGUCCAUCGUGGCGCAUCCGGUCUUCUGUCCUGACCCUACCUUUUUGGGCACGCGCUUGGGCAUGAUGUGGGGGAUUUCGUCGUUUGGCGCGCUGGCUGGAACCCCAAUUGCAGGUGCUUUGGUCAAUCUCGACACAGCGGAGUUCCUGCGCGCGCAGAUAUUUGCGGGGUGUAUGAUGGUUGGCGCUGUUUUGCUGCAGACUUGGCCAGCUUUCAAGGUCGUGCGUUAUGAUCAGCGGAAUCCUCGCAAAAAGUAA